CCGCUCGGCGCCCCGAGCGGGGCACACACUUCGGUCCUGCACGCUGACCAUUUCUGAUUUCAUUUUCUUGGGUUCUGCACGUCGUGCAUGCUGGCUUCCUGCAGUCCGGCGCGCCACUGCUCUGCGUCGCCGGCGAGGGGCGCGUGGGGCGCGUAACCCUCGCGCGGGGAGAAGGGAGGCCGGGUUCCCAGAGUGGGCCGGAGUAGGCGGAAGGGUCUCCUCGCCGACCGCGAGACUGCCAGGCCGGUUGUCCCUCGCGCCGCCCUCUCUCAGGCCUUGGUGAAGGGACCCUUUGCGCCUGGCCCCAUUAUCGCCCUCACUUUCCUCAUCUCACCAGCUCCUCCGUCCCCUGUGUCAGCGGAGACUGAAGACUUCACUGUGCCCUCCCAGAAUCCCUCCUGUGAGGAUCCAGUCGAUCUAUUCGGGUGGAAAGUCUCUCUGAACUUAAGUCGUAAAUCCAGCCAUGUACCCAACAGCGAAGUUACAGUACCACGUUAAUUUAACCUUCAGCCCCAAGGGCGUUUUUUUUUUUUCCUCUCCUAGAUACAACUUUUAGAGUUUUCUGAGAACUGUAUUGCAUUAGAUUAUCUUUGAGAUAAUUCUUAAGUUAGCGCCUUGAGGGAGUGUGACUGGAGGUUCAAAGAGGCUUUACACUUUUUCCUUCACCUGUAUCACAGUUUGAAAUGGAAAACGUGAGUUGAUGGUGAUUUUCCACAUGAGGUACCUCUGCAUUAUCCAGAUCAGACAUGUAAAGAGAGACAUCAGUGUAACUGGAUCAUCCGAUGGCUGAAAUUUUAUCACCUGUUGCUCUUUUGUAACACACAAGUAUUCCUGAAAGAGAAUCCGUGACGGUUUGAAAGGGCCAAUGAGUAUUCUUAUCAUCGAGGCAUUCUAUGGAGGGUCCCAUAAACAGCUGGUGGAUUUGCUCCAAGAGGAUUUGGAAAACUGUGUCCUUUAUACCCUUCCUGCAAAGAAGUGGCAUUGGAGAGCACGGACAUCAGCUUUAUACUUCUCUCAGAAUAUUCCCAUCAGUGAGCAUUACAGGAUCCUCUUUGCAAGCUCUGUGCUUAACCUGACUGAACUGGCUGCCCUUCGGCCUGACCUUGGGAAAUUGAAAAAGAUUCUGUAUUUCCACGAGAACCAAUUGGUAUAUCCUGUCAAGAAAUGUCAGGAAAGGGAUUUCCAAUAUGGAUACAACCAAAUUCUCUCAUGCCUGGUGGCUGACGUGGUGGUAUUCAACUCAGUUUUUAAUAUGGAGUCAUUUCUCACUUCUAUCGGAAAAUUUAUGAAGCUGAUUCCUGAUCACAGACCCAAGGACCUGGAAAGCAUCAUCAGACCCAAGUGUCAAGUUAUUUACUUUCCCAUCAAGUUUCCUGAUGUGAGCAGAUUCAUGCCCAAGCACAAAACAACCCAUUUACAGAAGAUGCUUGGCCUUAAAGGAAACGGCAGUGCCACUCCAUCCAUGGCCCUUCCUUUCCAACAGGAGCAGAGAAGUUCUGAGAAUUUAUUGAAAAUUUUUGAUUCAGAAUCUGGACCUUGUGAUGCUGCACAACAAGAAAACCUGGGCAGCUCAUUAAUGCAGGAGUCGUACUUCAAAACAUGCAGCUCGUCAAAUAAUUCAAACUCUCAUCAUGGGAGAAAUAAGGAAAAUCCGUGUGACGUUUUGAAUGGAGUUGAUGAUCAAAGAAGACCAUUGCACAUUGUCUGGCCUCACCGGUGGGAGCAUGAUAAAGAUCCAGAGAGUUUUUUUAAGGUAUUAAUGCAUCUUAAGGACCUAGGACUCAAUUUCCACGUAUCUGUCCUUGGAGAAACCUUCACAGAUGUCCCAGAUAUAUUUUCAGAGUCCAAAAAGGCAUUGGGAUCUUCUGUCUUACACUGGGGCUACUUACCAAGCAAAGAUGACUAUUUCCACGUACUGUGCAUGGCUGAUGUUGUCAUCUCAACAGCUAAGCAUGAAUUCUUUGGAGUGGCAAUGUUGGAAGCUGUGUAUUGUGGUUGUUACCCACUUUGUCCCAAAGAUUUGGUUUAUCCCGAAAUAUUUCCAGCUGAAUAUCUGUAUUCUACACCUGAACAGCUUUCAAAAAGGCUCCAGAAUUUCUGCAAGAGACCCGAUAUUGUAAGGAAACAUCUCUAUAAGGGUGAAAUGACUCCUUUUUCCUGGGCAGCCCUACAUGGUAAAUUCAGGUCUCUGCUUACAACAGAACCUAGGGAAGAUUUGUGACAGAUGGGGCUAAGUCACAAACUUGCAGCCUAAGGCAGAAUCUGUAGAACUUUCCAGAGUGUGCCCAUAUUUACCUGAUCAGAGAGAAAAGAAAAUCUGCAGAGGAAGCUGAGCCUGGCUGCUUGUCAUAGCUGACACAGAGCCAUCUGCCACAAACCUGUGGCGGCUUCAGAUCUCCAAUCCCUGCCACCACCCCAACUCAAAUUAAAUACAGAUUCCUAGAGACGUUAUGAUGGUUACACAUGUCCUCGGCAUCACAUGGAGGAGACUGUUCAAAAAAAAUAUGUGGCCUGUUGUAUAACCGCACUCAUGUAUCCCAUAUGUGGUGCCACAUUGAAUUUCCGGUUGAAUCCGUUUUUAUCCUUUGUACUGGAUGACAUGGUGCCUGAAUUCUUUCUUUUCGCCGACACGAUGGCAGCCAAACUGCAGCUUCAAACGCUCGCACUUGGCUGGGUUUCUACCUAAGUUGCCAGGUUAUCAUCGAAGCCUUCUUGUGUCCUUGAAGGGCCACAGGGUCUGAACGGAGGAUCAGAAUGCCGUGGGACUAAUUGGGCAGCCAUCUCAGAGUUGUUCGUGGCAAAGGGCUGCCUUAGCACUUUUAUUUUAGUAAAUUAAUGACUCUGGCACAGGGGUUUUAAGUGAAGGUAUUAAUAAGGGGUCUGGCAGGUAUUCCCAUGAUUCACUGAGUUACAUUUGCAUUUAAUUUAUCUCAAAGGAAGUUGCAAGAUAAACAGCUGUAAUUCGAACAAACAUGGGAAUUACACUGAGCAGGGCCACCUUGACCAUAACAUGAACACUGUGAUACUGGUUUUAACUUUUUUCCCAUAGGUAAAAAUAAAUCAAAGCACAUCUAACAAAAUCAGUAAUUUUGGUAUAAAUAGUCCUUGAAAAUAUUUGGAUCCAGCUACAAAUAUAUUUUCAAGAUAAAUCGCUUAUGAUUCCAAUAGUCAAGCUGCUGUAUUUGUUGAUAUAAAGAUGUUUUGAACAGCUAGAUUGUAAAAUAAAUUUUUAAUAAAGUGCCCUCUGCCAUUUUUAAUUAACAUAUCUCAUUUACGUGUCAGUGUGUACAUCUCUGUAUGUUUCUCACUGAACACUUUGCUUGUGUCAGGAAACAACGAAUACAAUUGUUUCUUUUCUGGAUGAAUAAGGAUCUGUUUUGCAAAUGUUUGUAAGAUAUUAUGACAUUUCCAAGAUUUUCUUUGCAUUCUGGAAAGCAGGAGGUAAACAUUUGUAGUCAUUAAGGUAAAGUCUGUUGAUAAACCAUCUUCUGUUUACUGACAGGUAAAUCGUAAGUUUCCUAGCUUUUGAAAUGAGUUACUCCUAUAUACUGCAGCACGAGGAGCAGCCAGGAAGAAGAGGGUAGAUAGGGCUGUGAGUGGUUUAGCAGGCAUCCUACAUAGAGCAGACAAUGGUUCAGAAGUCCGGUAGGGCCCAUUGACAGGUAGCAAAAUCAUAAGCAGGAACUAGAACAAGGUCAGGGAGUCAGAGCCCUCAGCACAGAGGCACUGGCAGAUCAAAGAAAGCAGGAGUUCAGGGUCCAUGAAGCCUGGGAAUUUAAAAAGCAGAAAGAGUAAGAAGCAGAAACAACGAGCUCAUCUUUGCACAAGAGAGCCCACUCCCUAACUAGUGUGAGAUCCACAAUGUACAGUGGGACAUCACAGCACGGGCUUUGAGUCCUUCCUUGAAGGGAAGUCACUGAACAAAUUACCUCAUCACCCACAAACCAAAGGGUUCAGGGAUUGUAUCAGAUUUAGGGACUUCCAAUCCAAGACUGUGGAACUUGGAAUCUAUCAGGUAUGCAUGCUCCUUUUGAGUCCAAAAGUAAAGAUAUAAAUAUGCAAAAGAGGUUUUUAGACACUUCGCCAACGCAGUGUUUAUCAUCUAAGGAGAUGAACUAAACCAGUAGGUUGCUUCAGUCACAAAGGUGCCAUGUCAUAGAUGCCAUUGUCUCAAAAUAAUAUUUUAAUCUCACAGCCAAGAAACAGUGCUUAGUUUACUAUGGUUUUCUAUCCUGAAAAUAAAUGGGCUCACAUUUUAUAAUGGCAAGAUAUCGUAUGCACAACUAUCUCUAUAUAUUUUCUCACUAAUUGAUGGGAAAAAAAAAUCAAAAAAACAUUAACUCCCUUUCAGAGAGUACAUCCUAACAUUUAAAUAUGUUCCCGAUUUUGGCAAAUAUAGUACCGAAAGUUACCUUUGUAUGGAAUUUUUUCUAUACCCAUAAACUCAAAUCACCUUUUUUCUUUAGCCAUGGCCAGCAUUCCUUCUUGAAUAAAAAUGUACAUUAAAGUUGUCACUUUUUAAAACUGUGCAGUCAGAUUUGGUACUAGUGCAAAUAAGCACUAAAAGGUUUGUAAAUGUGUAAAUAUAACUGUAUUUGAAAAUA